GAAAAUAAAAUUAAAGGUAGAAAAAUUAAUUUAGGAAAAAAAUAUUCGGAAAGUUCUGUGAAAAGUCUUCGGAUUUAGAACGGAGACAGCGAGAGGAUAGAGCGCUUCUUCGGCUACAACAAGCUUUCGCUAAUGGCGGUUUCCUUCUGAUCACUCUCACCGGAGCCGUCAUCUUCUCUGUUUUACCGAUUUUUAGGAAAUUUUGAUUGUGGUGGAAACUUGUUGUGGCAACUCUACUGAGAAAGUUUGAAGAAGCUGGAAUCAAAGAUAUAGCUAGAGUUAAGAGGGUUCAUACUAACUUGUGCUCGUUUUGUGAUGUGCUGUUGUUAACGUUUGGAGGAAAAAGUUGUAGUGUAUUAAAAUUCAGCGUCCGAGUUCUGGGGCGGAGUUGCCCCAUAGCAUUGACUUUACGCCUCUACACAUAGUCCGAAGGGCUAAUUCAGCUCAAAACAUGAUGAUGGAUGAAGAUGUUGAGCAGGCCAGUUUGAUGUCUUUCAAUGACAGGCCUAGGGCUUUUCCCAACAUGCGUAGUAAAACCUAUAGUCCACUGAUAUUCCGGAUUAUUAGGAAAUUAAAUGUCCGUGUCCUUUCGAUAAUUCUGCUUUUCUGCUUCGGAGCAAUCUUUUACAUGGGGGCAAGUACUUCUCCCAUCAUCGUGUUCGUCUUCACAGUAUGCAUCAUCAGCUUCCUUUUGUCAAUAUAUCUAACCAAGUGGGUUUUAGCGAAAGAUGAAGGACCUCCAGAGAUGGUUGAGAUAUCAGAUGCUAUACGUGAUGGAGCUGAAGGUUUUUUCAGAACGCAGUAUAGCACUAUAUCCAAGAUGGCCAUUUUGCUAGCUUUUGUGAUUCUUUGCAUAUAUCUAUUCCGUAGCUUAACUCCCCAGCAAGAGGCUGCUGGUUUAGGAAGGGCGAUGUCUGCUUAUAUUACUGUUGCUGCAUUUCUUUUGGGGGCUCUAUGCUCAGGUAUUGCUGGAUAUGUUGGAAUGUGGGUGUCAGUUCGUGCUAAUGUGCGGGUCUCCAGUGCUGCCAGACGAUCUGCGAGAGAAGCAUUGCAGAUAGCCGUUCGUGCUGGUGGGUUUUCAGCCCUGGUUGUUGUUGGUAUGGCUGUGAUUGGUAUCGCCAUCCUCUAUUCUACAUUUUAUGUGUGGUUGGGCGUGGGUUCACCAGGCUCAAUGAAUGUUACUGACCUACCUCUUCUUCUUGUCGGAUAUGGUUUUGGUGCUUCGUUUGUUGCCUUAUUUGCUCAGUUGGGUGGUGGAAUAUAUACUAAGGGAGCUGAUGUUGGGGCAGAUCUCGUUGGGAAAGUUGAGCAGGGAAUUCCCGAGGAUGAUCCUCGAAAUCCUGCUGUUAUUGCUGAUUUGGUUGGAGACAAUGUGGGGGACUGUGCUGCUAGAGGUGCUGAUUUAUUUGAAAGUAUAGCUGCAGAAAUCAUCAGUGCAAUGAUACUAGGUGGAACAAUGGCUAAGAAGUGCAAAAUUGAAGAUCCAUCAGGCUUUAUCCUUUUUCCUCUAGUUGUUCAUUCUUUUGACUUGAUUAUAUCCUCAAUUGGUAUUCUAUCAAUCAAGGGAACACGUGAUGCUAGUGUGAAAUCUCCGGUAGAGGAUCCAAUGGCUGUACUUCAGAAAGGAUAUUCUCUGACAAUUAUAUUAGCUGUUAUAACAUUUGGCGCGUCGACUCGCUGGCUGCUUUACACUGAACAAGCUCCAUCUGCAUGGUUCAAUUUCGCCCUAUGUGGGUUGGUUGGCAUCAUCACAGCCUAUAUCUUUGUCUGGAUAUCCAAAUAUUAUACAGACUAUAAGCACGAGCCUGUUCGGACGUUGGCUCUUGCUAGCUCGACUGGUCAUGGGACUAAUAUCAUUGCUGGAGUAAGCUUGGGCCUGGAAUCAACUGCUCUUCCAGUUUUGACUAUAAGUGUAGCUAUUAUUUCUGCGUAUUGGUUGGGCAAUACCUCGGGUCUAGUGGACGAAAAUGGUAUUCCCACUGGAGGUCUAUUUGGAACAGCCGUUGCUACAAUGGGAAUGCUAAGCACUGCAGCUUAUGUCCUUACUAUGGACAUGUUUGGCCCCAUAGCUGACAACGCUGGUGGGAUUGUCGAGAUGAGCCAGCAGCCAGAGAGUGUCCGUGAGAUCACUGAUCUUCUUGAUGCUGUUGGGAACACCACAAAAGCAACAACGAAAGGGUUUGCCAUUGGAUCUGCUGCACUUGCAUCAUUCCUUCUCUUUAGUGCGUAUAUGGACGAGGUUUCAGCGUUUGCUAAUGUGUCUUUCAAAGAGGUUGAUAUUGCUAUCCCAGAAGUGUUCGUUGGUGGAUUAUUGGGUGCCAUGCUUAUUUUCCUCUUUAGUGCUUGGGCAUGCGCGGCAGUUGGUCGAACUGCACAAGAGGUUGUCAACGAAGUAAGAAGGCAAUUUAUUGAGAGGCCUGGCAUAAUGGAGUACAAGGAGAAGCCAGAUUAUAGUCGCUGUGUCGCCAUAGUCGCAUCUGCAGCUUUAAGAGAAAUGAUAAAGCCAGGAGCUUUAGCUAUUGCAUCACCCAUUGUAGUUGGUUUGGUGUUUCGAAUCUUGGGUUACUACACAGGACAACCUCUGCUCGGAGCAAAAGUUGUAGCUUCUAUGCUCAUGUUUGCAACAGUUUGUGGUAUCUUAAUGGCACUUUUCCUAAACACGGCGGGAGGUGCUUGGGACAAUGCAAAGAAAUACAUAGAGACCGGGGCACUUGGGGGCAAAGGAAGUGAAGCUCACAAAGCAGCUGUGACUGGUGAUACCGUGGGAGAUCCGUUCAAGGACACAGCCGGUCCAUCCAUUCACGUCCUCAUAAAAAUGCUUGCGACUAUAACUCUCGUCAUGGCUCCGGUUUUCCUCUGAAAGUGAACCGUUACUUAUCCAUCCCGGCUUAUUUACUCUCUUGCACAUAUACAAAUAGAGAGGGAGAGAGACAAUUGUCUACUCGGUAGUCUUAUGAGACGGCGGUUGUUGCGAUUGCUGCCAUGAUGGUGGUGGCUGUGUUUGCUUCCUAGUCUUCUUCUUCUCUGCUUUGGUCUAAUGUUAUCUAUUCGACUGGGACUGUCCGAUGAACUUGAUUCAUCAUCACUCGGAUAAUCAUAGGUCGUAGCUUCUAUAUCAUCGAGACGUUUUCUGCGACGGUUGACCCGAUUUAUGUUAGUCAAACUGUGACACAAGCAACUAAUCAUCUCUCCAAUGUCGAACCAGUACGCUGCACAAGCGGCACAUGACAUUUUGCAGAUACUUUUCACAACACAUUGGCAAAUUCCAAGCUUGAACAGGAGGGUGAUGAACAUCAAAACUGGGAAAAAGAAACAAAUACAAAAUUAUAGAAAACAAAGGAAAGUUCACAGAAUCAAUAGUGAAUGCUAAAAAUCGGAAAUAAGAGAAAGGUUUACUUAUGAAACAGAGGCUUGACAU